AACAUAGAAAACGUCGGCACGUCGCUCAUGGUUUUCCAUUUCUUUUCACAUUUACAACGUUAUCAAAGAAUGAUCUUCAUCGCUCUUUAUAGAUCCCGACGCUUCUGAUCUCUCUUGCAUUUUCAGUUUCCAUCGCCUGAAAUACAACUGCUGGAAAACUGAGGCACAUAGCUCAUUAGCUUAACUUUCUCUCCCCUUAUUUUCGUGUCAACCAAACAGGAGUCGGGUUUGGAGGUUUAGGGUUUCGAACUGACGUUAGCUGUUGGCUUUUUGAUUUGAUUAUGGUGACAGAGAACUCAGAGGUUAAAGAACCCAAGAAAUUGAGCCGAUGGGUAGUCGGUGCAUUGAUUGUGUUGAUUCUUGCGGUGGCUGUAGCCGUGGCUUCAACGACUGCUCCUAAUUUGUCUCUCUUUGAACAAGCUAAUAAGCUCUGUCACUGUGGUCAGGAUAAGCAUAAGUAUAGUGGAAUGGUGGAAGACUGUUGUUGUGACUAUGAGACUGUGAAUCGUGUCAAUGAGGAAGCAUUACAUCCAUUGCUCCAAGAGCUUGUGAAGACACCUUUCUUCAGAUAUUUCAAGGUCAAGCUGUGGUGUGAUUGCCCUUUCUGGCCCGAUGAUGGAAUGUGCCGUUUGCGAGAUUGCAGUGUUUGUGAGUGCCCUGAAAAUGAGUUCCCUGAAUCUUUUAAGAAGCCUGCCCAUCAUGGGCUUCCAUCAGAUGAUCUUGUGUGUCAGGAAGGAAAUCCUAAGGGUGCUGUGGACCGUACACUAGAUAGUAGAGCUUUUAAAGGGUGGACAGAAACAGAUAAUCCAUGGACAAAUGAUGACGAGACUGACAAUGCUGAGAUGACAUAUGUAAAUCUCCAAUUGAACCCUGAACGCUACACGGGCUAUACUGGUCCAUCAGCUAGAAGGAUAUGGGAUGCUGUUUACUCAGAGAACUGUCCCAAGUAUCCCUCUGAAGAGUUAUGCCAAGAAGAAAGAAUAUUGUACAAAUUGAUAUCUGGCCUUCACUCCUCCAUUUCAAUCCAUUUAGCUGCUGAUUACCUACUUGAUGAAGCUACAAAUAAGUGGGGCCAAAAUCUAUCAUUGAUGUAUGAUCGAGUCCUGAGAUACCCCGAUCGUGUCAGAAACAUGUAUUUUACAUUCCUUUUUGUUCUUCGAGCUGUGACAAAGGCAGCAAAUUACUUGGAACAAGCUGAAUAUGAGACUGGUAACCCUAUUGAGGAUCUGAAGACACACUCGUUGAUAAGACAGCUUCUCUAUAAUCCAAAGCUGCAAGCAGCAUGCCCCCUCCCAUUUGAUGAAGCUAAGUUGUGGAAAGGCCAAAGUGGUCCUGAACUCAAACAAAAAAUUCAAGGACAAUUCAGAAACAUUAGUGCAUUGAUGGACUGUGUGGGCUGUGAGAAGUGUCGACUAUGGGGAAAGCUUCAGGUUCUUGGUCUUGGAACUGCAUUGGAAAUCCUAUUCUCUGAUAAUGGUGGACAGCCGGGUCAGACUUUGCAUCGGAAUGAAGUAAUUGCCCUGACAAAUCUACUCAAUCGGCUUUCGGAAUCAAUCAAAAUUGCACAUGAAAUGGGACCUACAGCUGAAGCAAUCGCGGAAGACCAGACUCCGUCACCUAUAUCUCAAAUUAGCCUUUGGAAGAGAAUAUGGGCAUCUAUUGUCACAAGAUAACAUUGACCGACUUAUGAGGAGCUUCGACUUUUAAGUAGCCAUACAAUACUCUGAAGAAGUCUGAAGAAAUAGUACAGGAAACUGCAGUUUGUAUUAUCAAUAAAUAAGAGCAAAACAAAAAAUAAAUAAAUAUUGCUCAGAUAUUGUACAAUAUUAAUAUGCAUGGAAUUCAUUGCCUCAUGUUUUCAAUGUCGCCUACGUUUUGUUUUGGAAAAACUUGGGAGAUGGGGAUUUGACAGAAUCGUGUAUUGAAAGUUCUCCAUGAAAGUUGAACCAAAUUUUCUUUUAUGGAUGUAAGAGUUCAUCUCAAACCCUUCGUUCAAGAGGACGGGUAUUUAGUUUUAA